UCGAUAACCGUGUUGUCCGGAGAAUGUCUACAGUUUUUUUUUAAACUUUAUAAUAAUAGUUUACUUUAUAUUAUUUUCCAAGUGAAGUUCUCGUUCGAUCUUUGAAAAUGGAACUGAAGAACCCGGUGAAGAAAAGGAACAAGGGCCAACACCACAGCACGCCCAACCCUCCGCUCCCGAUUCUCAGCAAUUCGCAGAUCGUACAAACGGUUUCUGUGAUGUUCAACGGGUGCUUCAAUGGCACUUCGGUCGUUAUCAACGAUCCACAAGAAAUAUCAACUCUUUACAAAAAGGGUUUUUUUGGUAAAGGAUCUAUGUCGAGGAGUUGCCCGAAGUUUGGAAAGAGGAAAAAAGGCGUGCCCCAUGUUAUAAGCGAGCAGCAGUGGAAAAGACGAAAGGACUGGGAAAAGAAAUUGAGCUCGAUUUUGCAAAAUCUCCCAAGCCAAGAUGAAUCCAAGUGCCAAACAGAUGAUUCCGUCGAUCCUGACGAUAAUGAAAUUGAGAUGGCCGAUAAAGAGGUUUGUAACAAAGAUGAUGAACCACAAGAUGUUCCUAUGUCUGAAGUACAAUGCAAUCAAAAUGAAGAUAAAGAUUCUCUACAAAUCGAUGAAACUAAAUUAACUGAAAGUGAACCGACUGAUAAAAUAGAAGCUAAAAAAUCUGAUGUGUUAUCUUUAGAAGAUGAGAAAAGUAAAGACAGCGACAUUCAGAUAAUGGAAGAAAACAAUUCUGAAAUAAUUGAAAAAGAGCGUCCUAGUCAAGGAGAAACUGACAUCGAAAUAAUAGAAGACUGUAAUAAAAUAGUUUUACCUCAAAACACAGAUAUUUGUGUUGUUGAGUCACAAAACACAGAUAUUUGUGUUGUUGAGUCACAAAAAACAGAUAUUUGUGUUGUUGAGUCACAAAAAACACCUGAGAAUGAUUUCGAAAUGAAAGAUGAAACUGAUGCAAUUAAAAUUGAUGAAAAAGAAAAUCCAGCCGCACAAACACUGGAGAUCAUCGACAUACCACAAGCAGAAACUGUUUGUAAUAAAGAACAAAUUGAAAGCGUAAUUGACAGAUCGGCAGAAAUACUUAGCAAUAGAGAGAUUUUAAGUAGUAAUGAAGUUCUAGUCAUAGCUGAUAGGAAUGAAGACAUCUUGGAAAAUUUAAAUAACCUCAAUCCUCACAUUGAAAAGGAAGCUGUGAAUAUCGUUAUAGAAUUAUUGCAUUUGUCUUUAGAAGAGGCUUUUUUUCUCAGUUUUGCCCUCGGGUGCCUGAACGUCUGCGACCUGAAUGGGCAAAAUUUGAGUUUAGAAGAAAUGUGGUUAAUGUUUACCAAUUCACAACACGAUUUUAUCGAAAGCUACGUUGCUUACCAUCACUUCAGGUCUAAAGGUUGGGUGGUAAAGACUGGGUUGAAAUUUGGAGGAAACUUUCUUCUGUAUAAAGAUGGGCCUGCAUAUUAUCAUGCCUCUUACAUCGUUGUUAUAGAAAACAUUAACAAAUUCGAUGACGAAGAACAGAAGAAAACAUGGGCUGACAUGGUGACAUUACAUCGAAUGGGAGAAGCUUCGAAAAAGGAAGUUCUUGUUUGCAACAUUCUCUGGCCGAGUGAAUUGAAAGAUAUCAAGUGUCCACUAUUUUUAAAAUCUUUUACCGUUCGUGAAACAUUGUUGAGGCGAUGGCUGCCCUGUCAUGAAAAGGAUGAAGACUAAUAAUUAUUGUAUUAUAUUACUAUAAAUACAAAACGGCUGUGAAUUUUA